AUGGCGUCGUUCAGCGGAGCACAACGCGCGUUUUGCGUACGCGAGUACUAUCGCAACAACGAUUCUGCGACUGAAGCGCAACGAAAAUUUUGUACACAGUACAACAUACGAAAUAAAAAUCAAGCUCCAUCAACUCGUGCAAUUAAAAAUUGGGUACAGAAGUUUGAGAAGACGGGUUCAACAUUAAAUCAACCACGAUCCGGCCGACCUAAGACGUCGAGAGAGCCCGCAAACAUAGAGCGCGUACGAGCAUCUGUUAAAGAACAACCUGGCCUGUCUACUCGAAAGCGGUCUAGUGUUUUAAAUGUGUCUAGGACAUCUUUAAAUCGUAUUCUUCACAAGGAUUUACAUUUACACCCGUAUAAAAUUCAAAUUGUACAACAAUUAAGGCCAAAUGACUACACUCAGAGACUGCAGUUUGCCAACGAAAUGCUUGCGAGGUUUACGAGCUUCAAUAACAUCUUUUUCUCAGACGCGGCACAUUUUCACAUAAAUGGGCAUGUGAACAGGCAAAAUUGCAGAUACUGGAGUGAUGCUAACCCGCAAUUGAAGCACCAAAAGCCCUUACACUCGCCCAAAGUUACUGUAUGGGCAGCUUUAUCAGCCAGUGGAAUUAUCGGUCCGUAUUUUUAUGAGGAUCAGAGAAGCCGUCCCGUUACCGUCAACACACAGCGAUACAUUGCCAUGCUACAAAACUUUUUUGCUCCAGCAUUACAGGACUACUCUGGUUUUAAUCAAAGGACAUGGUUUCAACAAGAUGGGGCCACAUGUCACACCUCCAACGACUCAAUAGCAGCGGUUCGUGAAAUUUUUGGGCAAAAAGUCAUAUCCAAAAGAGGUGACAUUAACUGGCCACCUCGCAGCCCGGAUUUGUCACCAAUGGACUUUUUCCUUUGGGGAUACCUCAAAAGUAAAGUUUUUAAUAACAACCCUCAGUCUAUUGAAGAAUUAAAAGAAAAUAUACGCGAGGAAAUUCAGAACAUUUCUCCAAACACUUGUCGGGCGGUGAUGGAAAAUUUCCGCUCUAGAUUAUAG